UUUCACUUCACCUUCAAAUAACCUCCACAUAUCAUGGGAAUGCCAAACACUUAUUCCUCCUGAGUAAAGAUCUGCAGCAGCAAAAAACCAUCAUGGAUAGCUUGAUUAAGAAAACAUGGGCAAGAUAUUCUAGCACAAGACAGGACAAACAAGAUGAUACCAGAGACCAGGCGACGCAACCUCAAAGAACAGUGUCUGUCAAAGAGAAGAGGAGAGGCCCGAGCUGGAUGAGAAGACAGUUGUCUAGACAGAUGAGUUGGGAUUAUGAUUUCAGCAGCACUGAGUACCCGACUGCAGUUGCUGCAGCAGCUUAUGCUGUUCAAUCACUUGAAGAAUCGAAUUCAGACAAGUUGAAUAAGAUGAACAGCAAGAUUGACGAUGCCAAAGAUCCACCUGAACGUCUAAAAAGUGCGCUAAAGUCUUCCGAUGAAGCUUCAAGAUCAAGUUUUAAAGAUCGGGAUGACAAAAAGAAGCCAGAAAAGGCAUCGUCAAUGAAGAAGAGAAUAAGUUUUGCAGAUACUGAUGAAACUACAGGAAAUAAAUCUAUAGGGUCAGGAAUCAGGGAACCCGAAAGAGCACCACCAUCCAUGACAAGGCCACCAUCUUUUGCAGGGCCAACAGUCCAGAAGGUACCCAAGCAUGAGCCUUCCAUGGAAAGACAUCCAUCACAUGUAGAUAAGCCAUUAAGAAUCACAGACAGCAAUAUAAGAGAUACUACUACCCCUCCUCACCCCAAAAUCACAACACAACCUGUCGAGACAAAAAGGCCUCCUGGUGCAAAACCCGGUCCUUCUGAUGCUAAGGCAGAUGCCUGGGAGAAAGAAGAGCUAGCAAGCAUUAAGGAACGGUAUGAGAAGCUGAGGGCCACCAUUGAUGAGUGGGAGACCAAAAAGAGGAAAAAGGCGAAGCUCAAAAUAGGAAGAAUAGAGGCUGAAUUAGAUAAGAGAAGAGCAAAAGCAGAAAAAAACUACCGCAGUGAGAUCACGAGAAUAGAAGCCAUAGCAGGAGGAGCGCGGGCACAAGCGGAGGAGAACCGCCGGAAAGAGGAGCUCAAAGCGCAAGAGAAGGCUAGCAAAAUCAGAUUAACAGGAAAACUACCAGCAACUUGCCUAUGCUUCUAAUCUUCAUCUACCAUUAAUUGGAUUGGAAUUUGGAUCUACUGUGAAAAUUGUAAAUGCUUAUUUGAGCUCCUGACAAUGCUGUGAUUAACUUUGAACGCUAAA